AUGGACGUCCUUCCUCCCUUAACCACAUUUCGCGACUCCAAGCCAACGCUCCUCGUCGCUUGGUGGUGUACUUGCUACUCCAUCGUCAUCAUCGGGAUCCGAUUCGGUGGUCGUUAUGUACGAGCCGAGAAAGUAUUCCUCGAAGAUGCCAUCAUGUUACUAGCCAUCACACCUCUCUUAAUCCGAAUGGCAUUCGUGCAUUUCGUAUUACUAGACGGAACCAACAAUACCGUUACGGCCGGGCUCUCACUCCAAGCCAUCCACCAACGCGAACUCGGAAGUCAAUUAGUUCUCGGAGCGCGAGUAUUUUACGCUGCAUAUCUCUGGGCAAUAAAAUACAGCACCACCCUCUUCUUCCGCACCCUCACCGAACGCCCACAAAAGCACCUCCUCAAAUACCUACACAUCUUCCUCCUCCUCACCUUCCUCGCCACCAUCGUCGCUGACUUAGGGGCCUGCCACCCGUUCUCGCACUACUGGCAAGUAGUUCCUACUCCCAGCCCCGCAUGCCGUACCGGUGCCGCGCACCUGUAUACGAUGGGGACGCUUAAUAUCGUCACCAAUCUCGCGUUAAUCCUAUUCCCCAUCCCCAUGGUGAUGAAAAGCAAGAUUUCUCGCGGCCACUUCACAACCUACACCCUCCCCCACAUAACGCACCACCACUUCGCGCAACAGACGCGCUCCCUCCUCGCCUCCCUCGACAUCCUCUUCAACACCUUCAUCUCCAACGCCGUGGUCCUCUUCUCGCUACUCGCCGACCGCGGCUACAAGAAGGAAAAAUUCCGACAGCCGCGCCUCGAAGAGCGGAAACGGGGACGCAUGGUUCCGGAAUGGGGGUCCGAUGAGGAUCUCGUGAGUGGGAAGGGGGAGGUGCGGAUUGGGUUGAGUGAUUUGGGGACGGGGAAGGAUGAAGAGGAAGGAGAGGGGGGAUUUGGAGGCGUGGGGAGAUUAGUUGCCGGGGGACGGUUGGGGGAAAGAGGGGGGGGAGGAGGGAGUUUGAAGAGGUUGCCUGAGGCGAAGUUGGGGAGUAUUAGGGUUGCUAGUACGUGGGAGAUUAGGGUUGAUGAUAAAUGA